GCUGAGACAACAACAACAUGGCGGCCGGUGUGGCGGCUCCCCGCGCUCUCUCCUGCUGGAAAUUGUUGCACCAGCCUGCAAGAUGUUGCUCCAGGGUGCUAUAUCACGGUGUUCAUGGUACUUUGUACUUCUCCACACAUUCCUGGGUGACAGUAGGGCGACUCAGGCUGAUAAAUAACGUCCUACACCAGGGCAAGGUAUUAGGACCCCAGGGCAGCUCGCAGUACCACACAUCGCAAGGUUUUAAACAACGUGACUACUAUGAAGUCCUUGGGAUCCCACGCAAUGCCUCCAGCAAGGAGAUCAAGAAGGCUUAUUACCAACUGGCAAAGAAGUACCACCCGGAUGUUAAUAAAGAUGACCCCACCUCACAGAAAAAGUUCACCGAAGUUUCUGAAGCAUAUGAGGUGCUUGGUGAUGAGGAGAAACGGCGCCAGUAUGACACCAUGGGACACACGGCAGAGCAGAUGGGUCGUGCGGGCAGCAGCGGCAUGGGCGGAAAUCCAUUCCAGUCUGGCUGGAGCUACCAGACAACCAUUGAUCCUGAGGAACUCUUCAGGAAGAUCUUUGGUGAUUUCCGAAGAGGCGGGUUUGACAUGGGAGAUCAGGACUUUGCUGAGUCCACAUUCGGCUUUGGCGCUGCUCAGGAGAUUGCAUUGAAUCUAACGUUCUCUCAAGCAGCUCGGGGAAUCAACAAGGAUGUCACUCUCAAUACGGUGGACAUCUGCCCCAAGUGUUCAGGUUCUCGGUGCGAACCGGGAACUAAAGCAAUACGAUGCCAGUACUGCAAUGGUACUGGAAUGGAAACUAUCUCCACAGGUCCAUUUGUGAUGCGGCAGACGUGCCGGUACUGUCAUGGGACGCGCAUGCACAUCAAGUACCCCUGCGAGGAGUGUGAGGGCAAGGGUCAGACUGUACAGCGCAAAACCGUCACGGUGCCAGUUCCUGCAGGUGUUGAGGACGGACAGACCCUAAGAAUGACUGUGGGCAGGAAGGAAGUGUUUGUCCGAAUCAACGUUACCAAGAGCGACUAUUUCCGCCGAGAAGGAGCGGAUAUCCACACAGACACCACAAUCUCCCUAGCCCAGGCUGCUUUAGGUGGUGCCACUAGAGUACAAGGCAUCUAUGAAGACAUCACCUUACAGAUACCCAAGGGCACACAGUCACACACCAGGAUCCGCCUGAGCGGCAAGGGACUGAAGCGAGUCAGCUCAUACGGCUAUGGCGACCACUAUGUCCACAUGAAGAUCAAGGUGCCUACCAGCCUGACGCCGGAGCAGAUGGCAUUGCUGACGGCGCUGGCUGAGUUGGAGACGGAUACACCCGGGACGAUAAAUGGCAUCACUUACACCAAAGAUGGUAAACAAGUGGCACUGGAGCAGAGUGAAAUUCUAAGACAGAUCCGAACUAUACUGAGCGGUAACAUCGAUGGCAUAAUUGCUCGGAAAGUUGCAGACGACGUGGAAGAUGCCGCCGAGGACACAAAGAGAACGAAGACGGUGGAUAAGGGCCAACAGGGGGAGAGGGUGUGAGCAGGGUGAAGCAGGGGUAGUGUGGGGGGGGGGAGCUUGAGGAAGGAGUGUCAGCCUGGUGGCAAUCCACAAUGAAUCAGGUUGUUUAGAUGCAUCAGCUGUGUUGACCAGAAGUACAGUAAUCCCCCCCGUAUCUGCAGGGGAUAAUUUCUGAGACCUUCCGUGAAUACUUGAAACUAUGGAUAAUGGUGAACUAACUGUAUACGUAUAUAUAUAUAUAUAUAUAUAUAUUUUUUUUUUUUUUUUUCAACAAGUCGGCCGUCUCCCACCGAGGCAGGGUGACCCAAAAAAAAAGAAAGAAAAUCCCCAGAAAGAAAAUACUUUCAUCAUCAUUCAACACUUUCACCACACUCGCACAUUAUCACUGUUUUUGCAGAGGUGCUCAGAAUACAACAGUUUAGAAGCAUAUACACAUAAAGAUACACAACAUAUCCCUCCAAACUGCCAAUAUCUCAUAUUAUAUAUAUAUAUAUAUAUAUAUAUAUAUAUAUAUAUAUAUAU